AUGUACUUACAGCAUCACCCUAUCUCAACUUACAGCUUCCUAUGCCAGGGAAGGGGAGGGGAAAAAGGGGAGAGGGGGAAGGAGGAGGAGGAGGAGGAGGAGGAGGAGGAGGAGGAGGAGGAGGAGGAGGAGGAGGAGGAGGAGGAGGAUGAGGAGGAGGAGGAGGAGGAGGAGGAGGAGGAGGAGGAGGAGGAGGAGGAGGGGGAGGAGGAGGAGGAGGAGGAGGAGGAGGAGGAGGAGGAGGGGGAGGAGGAGGAGGAGGAGGAGGAGGAGGAGGAGGGGGAGGAGGAGGAGGAGGAGGAGGAGGAGGAGGAGGGGGAGGAGGAGGAGGAGGAGGAGGAGGAGGAGGAGGGGGAGGAGGAGGAGGAACAUGUUACGGUUGUGGCUGGGAAGAGCAGGGCAGCACCUUCCUUACCCCCUUACCUCCUCUCCUCCUCCCACCCCCUCCUCCUCCUGCCUGCCAGAACGUCAUUUCUUUUCAACAGGGUUGCGUCCAACGUAAAAAACGCAGGCUCCGUCAAAUCCAUCUACGGACGGCCUGGACUUUAG